AUGCAACGGCAGAACAAAAAAACGCCUCCUCGCUCGGACUUUCAGCACCUCGAGCCGCGACCUCCAAAACGAAGCCAAGUAACUACGAAAGCACUCUCAUCACGGCACACAACGCCUAACAAAGCACUCGCUUUACCCGAGCAGCUCUGGAGAAAGGUAUUGGACUUUGCAGGAGUGAAUCACGUCCUCCUGGUACCACAUAGCCAAAACGAAGAAGAAGCACAGAGAGAGAGAGGCAUCUGCGAAGAGCUUCUGCUUUACAACAUCAUGGAGAACCAGGAGAAGGACGUUGUCGGGUGCCCCUCUUGCAAACGUGACUGGCCGGCGACCAUACUGACAGCCAACAAAUGGAGCUUCACCACGACCAGAAAACUUCUAACGACACACAGGACCUUAGCCCACAUGUUCGACAACCAGCUCGUGCCGAACAGCAGAAACACGUUUCCCGACUUGACGGCAGACAUGCUAUACCGAGCCGUGUACAUCAGCGACGCCCGAGAGCUAGAAAUCACCCUCGCCGGCAGAGCGCUGCGCAGCCUCACUUGGACAUGGAUCAUGCCACAUACCAUUCCAAACACGACGCCACCCCUGAGCAUCCAAUUCUGUCAAUGUGGAAACAGCCACGCCGAACACGCACCCCGAGAACAAUACGAGGAACACGGUUUGUAG